AUGGCCAUCAGCGAGGAGCUGCGGAGCCGGCGGUUCUGGCGCUCCCUGCUGGCGGAGGCGGCUGGCACCCUGAUCUUCGUCUGGCUGGUGCUGGGGGCCUCGUGCCCCGGCGGGCCCGGGCGCGUCACAGCCCCACCCGCCCUGCAGCCGGCUCUGACAGCCGGGCUGGCGGCCGUGGGGCUGGCUCACUGCUUCGGCGAGGUCAGUGGGGCCCAGGCCAACCCGGCGCUCACCCUGGCCUUCCUCUGCACCCGCAAGCUGGACGCCCUGCGCGGAGCUGCCUACGUCCUGGCCCAGUGCCUGGGCGCCGUCCUGGCCUCGGCCGCCGUCUACCUGGCGCUGCCCGCGGCAGCCGCCAGCCACCUCGUCACCAGGGUGAGCAGCGAGGGCAACGCUGGGCAGGCGCUCGCCAUGGAGACCUUCUCCACCUUCCAGCUGGUCUUCACCAUCUUCGCCGUGGAGGACCAGCGGCGCCGGGGGGCGGGCGAGCCGGGCGGCCUGGCCAUCGGCUUCUCUGUGACGGCCGGAGCGCUGGCCGCGGGGACGUUCUCCGGGGGCAGCAUGAACCCAGCCAGAUCGCUGGGCCCGGCCGUCCUGACGGGCAUCUGGGACCACCACUGGGUGUACUGGAUCGGCCCCUCGCUGGGCGCGGUGCUGGCCGGCCUCUCCUACGAGUUCCUCUUCGCCUCCAGCGCCUCGCGGGAGAAGCUGGUUGCCUGCCUGACCUGCCGGGACAUCGACAUUGUGGAGACGGCCAGCGUGUCCCGCUCCUCCCUCUCCACCGCCCCCCAGGACGCCGCCCGGGCCAAGCCGGCCCCCAAGGGGGAGCAGCGCUGA